AACCAGCGGCCCGGUCGUGCCAUUUGGUGAUGAAGGUUCCACGCGCACUCAUGGUUAUCUGAGGAAGCGGAAGAGUUUUGGAUUCUGGCGGAUGCGCAAAGAGAGAAACGCAGCGACUCUGGAAUAAUCACUCAGUUGCAGGUCUUCUUAAAUUAACCUGGUCGUUUUGUUAUUUUGCGCAGAGAGAGCAUCAAAUCCAAACAGAUCCAAAAUGAUGACCAAACCAUACGGAAAGAGCGGAGACAUGAGUGAGCUGGUGAGCUCUCUCGGCUGGCUGGAGGAGGAGGACGAUGGCAGCUCACAGGACGGAGAGGUAAGCCCAGAGAUGAGGGGGCGCCAUGGCCUGACCGUAGGGGGCCGAGUCCGCUCCUGCGCAGAACUGGGCAGUGAGGAUAUUGAGGAAGAAGAGGAGGAGGAGGAUGACGAGGAGAUUGGACCAAAUGGAGAACAAGCUCCCAAAAGGAGAGGCCCUAAGAAGAAGAAGAUGACCAAAGCGAGACAGGAGAGGUUUCGUGCCCGGCGGGUCAAAGCCAACGCCAGGGAACGUUCACGUAUGCACGGGCUGAACGACGCCCUGGAUAAUCUGCGCAGAGUGAUGCCCUGCUACUCCAAGACACAAAAGCUUUCAAAGAUUGAGACACUACGGCUGGCACGCAACUACAUCUGGGCUCUGUCAGAGGUGCUUGAGAGUGGUCAGUCCCCAGAAAGCCAUGGCUUUGUGGAGAUGCUGUGUAAAGGUCUGUCUCAGCCCACCAGUAACCUUGUGGCCGGCUGCUUGCAGCUGGGACCCAGUCCGAUGAUGCUCAACAAGCUGGAAGACAAGUGCGGAGGCCCUGGGGUGGGUGGCGUGGGGAGUCAGGCUGGCCAUCCCCUUAGCUACCCGUCUCCAGGCCUUCCCAGCCCCCCCUACGGCUCCCUAGAGGCUUCUCACCUCCUCCAUAUGAAGGGAUUCAAAGGGCCUGUAUAUGAUAACCCCUCCCCUAACGAGUGCAGCAGCGGCACCCCGCCAUAUGAUGGGCCCCUUACUCCCCCACUGAGCAUUAGCGGUAACUUUGCCCUGAAGCAGGAGCCCUCUCCCCGUGAGUCAGAGAGGAACUACACGCCCCACCCUGGCCACCAUGCCCACUACCUCUCAUCCCACCACUACUCCACUUCCACGGCUGCCGGCCUACCAGGGGGGCCUCAGGGCCACCCACUUUUUCAAGCUUCACGCUAUGAGCUGCCCCUGGAUGUGGCCUUUGACUCCUUUGCUCCCUCUCACCUGGUCACCUCUCAGAUGGGCACCAUCUAAAGUGUGACCAUGAACAGUUGAGAGGACCAGUGAUUGACUCUGCUGUGAAAGCAUCCAGGCGAGACACACUGCUCUUGAACGAACUGCUGUAAAAACGAUGACCGUGGUACUGACUGUAUAGAGAAAAUGGUUUGCAUUAUGUUGUCUAGUACUCUGGGAGAGCACUGAAUGCUCAGAGACAGACUCACCACCUCAACUCAAUCUACCUGAUACAAACAUGCACCCAUAACUUUUACUAUUUAUUAUUUUUUUGUUAAGAAUAUAUUAUUUGGAUUCUGAUUAUUUCUGAAGAAGUUGCCCCCUUUGGUUGCUACAAAGUUUAUUAUUUUACCAAAUCUGAUAUUCACACAAGUGUUUCAAGUGUAGGAGUCGAACAAAAACAGGAUAACGUUGUUAGAUCUGCAUAUGAAACAAAAUUGAACAAAAGGUCAUAACCUAAAUUGUGCACUGAGGCCUACAGCCAAUGUCCCCCUGGCCAUAAGAAAAAGCAAUGCAUUUAUUUAUAUCUGUAUUUAAUAUUUAUUUUGAUAACGUCUUGUCCUUUUUUAUAUUGUUCUCAGCACAGUUUUUGUCAGUCACUUAGCAGCUGUACUGUAUUUAAUUUAUUUAUUUCAG